AUGUUAAUAUUUCCUUUUUUGUACAUUGUUAGUGAAUCAGCCAUACAACAUAUAUCAGAGUCAGUAUUUGUGGGACUGUGUCGUAAAUUGGGGACCUCUCAACAGGUGUCCAUGAGGAGAGAUACAUCGGACAUCACGGAGUUAUUGACAAAUAGAGUCACUAGUGACUUAAACUCUGUAAUGGUAAGUGGAAGCCACAGAGAAGGAUUCAGAAUGAAAGGAUCAGAUAUAGACACUAUGUACUGGCGAAAUUUUGAAAGAGUCAUCUGGAACUUAUCUCAGACUCAGUAUUACAGCAGGCACAGAUACACUUUAAUUCUCUGUGACUGUUCCGAUAGUCCUCCAGGAUUCUCUUUACUUCAGUUUUUGAUUCCAGCACGUACCAGAACUUCAUCAGUUAUUUUAGCGAGUAGGGAUAUAGUUUCAUCACUUGUCAAAAGGAAUGGAAACAUUUUUAUAUCUAGUUCUCUAUACAGAGAAACCAUGCUCCCAUCACUAACACCUGGCUUUACUCCACAUGGACCACGCGGCAGUGGAAUUUAUGCUGGAUUAGAAUAUGAUGAUGCCCACUGUUUUGCCUCCGACUUUUGGCCUCCACCUGCUGCCUCGUGGAUAGAGAGAUGUCAUUCAUGGCCCCAACCUCAUGUAAUGUGCGACAUAAUCAGAAGUGGAUGUCACUUUGUUGCAACUGGACACAAAAUGGGCAAUUAUCAAGACCAUGAAUGGAGAAUUUCUUUCUCACGAGCAGAACAAAUACUCGUGUACUCAAUGAACCACACUCAGUUCUUAACUUAUGGAUUGCUAAAAUUGAUUUUAAAGGAAGUCAUUAACAAUGGAGUAGGAAAAGAGGAUAAACUUUUAUGUUCCUACCACAUGAAGACAGCCGUUUUCUGGAUGAUUCAACGAAAUACUGUCCCGCAUUGGUGUCCACAAAAUCUUCUAUUGUGUUUUUGGGAGUGCUUCAAACUAAUCCUUAGUUGGGUCUAUGAAGGGGUCUGCCCUAACUUUUUCAUUCCAGAAAACAAUAUGUUUCUGAGUAGUAUCCAUGGUGAUAAGCAAAACCAAUUGUUCAUUAGGCUGCAUGCGUUGUAUGAGAAGGGACUGAUAUCACUGCUAAACAGUCCCUCCAUCUGGCCCUAUGUUUUAAAAGUCAUUUAUAACCCAGGACUCUUCAUUUGUACAGAUGAAGGCAACUUGUUGUCUGAGUUUGAAUUUGAUUUCACCCUAUUUAACUGUAUAAUUAACAGAAGUGUACAGGGCAUAACAAACCUGCAUCACUGUAUGAAAUGCCUACGAGGUGUAGAACAGUUGAUAAAUACGCCCUUGACGCCAUAUCAUGUUGUAUCCUUACAGGACAACACAGCCACCUGCCUCCAGGAAAUUGCCUUUAUAUUAAACAGCAUGUACAAAAACACAUGUCGAAACAAAAUUGUGUAUAUUGCUGACAGAAUGUCCCAUCGCCUGCUGAAAUUGUCAGCAAAAUUCGGUCUCAUGUCUAAUAUGGUGUUUAUGGCCAUGUAUUACUACAAGACAAUGAGAUUUGUGGAUGCAUUAUUUGUUAUAAAAACGACAAAAGUCCUAGAGUUAUAUAAAGCAAAUCUACACAUUACUACGGAUAUGUACACCGCAGCUUUUAGAGGGCGGUCGUUGACUUCAAAAAUGAGGUUCUUUAGAAGAAGGAGUAUCACUCUCAGCAAUAAUAUCUUUUACAUUGAUGAAUUAUUGCCUGAGCAACUGUCCAGUUUACAGGAGAGUCAGAUGUACUUGAUUAUCCCUCAACUGGUACUCUUGUAUAUGCUGGAGAUCUUGUGCUACCUUCAUGUUGAUACAUCAAAAGUACAAACAACUCUACGUUAUCUCCAGAAUCUAGUCCACCAUCCUCAGGAGGUGUACAUAAAGAAAGGUGUAGACAUAUCAUGGCAGAUCCUAGGGAUCUGUUACCAGGUCACAGGGAAUCCACAGGCGGCUCUUUACGCGUAUCAACAGUCACUAUCACAAGUACCAUUGAACAAAAUAAAAUAUGCUACACUAACGAGAAUACAAAAUAUCCUGAAGUGA